AUGCAGUCACUCUUCAAGUUGCAGGUUGUUGCGCAGCUUGGCGAACUUGGAUUAUGGUUCUCCUGGUAUUCUUUCCUCGGCUUUGCAUUGCCCGGGUCGCUUACCCCACCACCCGAAGAGGGCAACCGUGAACGACUUAAAACAGUCGAGGUCUGCGAUAAGGUCUACGGUCACCGUAACGUGUCAUAUUUGCUUACACCAAAUGGGUUGGCGGUCAUUGAUGGCGACGUCAUCUACGGCACCGAGCAGGAACUAUUGGCCAAGCAACCCAAGAACGGCAGUUCUCAAUGCGCCCUAGACCCGCGAACCUUCUCUGUCCGCCAGGACAGCGCGUGGCCUGGCCGUAUCAUCCGCUACAAGCUUGAGCACGCCUCUACCGAAUAA